UGGACUGGGGCUUCAGCAGAGAGGAGUGUCUGCCUUUCCUCUUACCCAGCCAUGUUGCUGCACACGUGGUUCCCGGCGACAUUUUGAAAUGCCCUGUGCAGCAUGCACCACACAGACCUGCCCUGGAGCUGCUUUUUUCCUCUCCCGCGGGCCACGCCCCCUCCACGGGCCACGCCCUUUCCCCAGGCCACGCCCCCACGCUGCCCUUGCUCCCCAAGUGCUGGGUUAAAACAGGUGUCUCCUUGCUAAACAGCACAGAAAGCUAGAGGAAACUGAGGCCUGACGGUCAGUGCGGACACUGCGUCCACACCGGGUGGCCCCCCCAGCGCCGAGCGCACAGCUCACACCAGCUGAGCACGGGCCGAGGGGGAUAGUGUGUGGCGUCUGACUCGGUCCCACUGUGCCUCAGUCCGGCUCCCCGACUGGGGCUUGCUCACGUGUGCAGGUCUGGGAGGUUCGGCCCGGAUUCAGGAGGGGGCUGGUCAGGGAAGGACUGGGUAGCGGGCACAGAGCCAUCGGCUGCCCCGGGGGACCGGGGGACCGGGCACAGGGUCGGGGGCAUUCUCCCAGAGAUGUCAGUGCGUUCAAGGGUAGAUGGAAGUUUUCUAACCGGAAACUCUUCUCACAGAACGAACCAGCCAUCGGUAUACUGUCCCGUGGGUCCUGUGGCUGCCCCUGGGACCCCCUGGGCGGCGAUGCCUCAGCACUCCAUGGGGGACAAGCCCCUGGUGUCCAUGCCACAGCUGGUCUUCCCGAGCCCGCCCUCGGCCAUGGACAGCGGGAGUGGCCACAGCCCCCCUGGCCGGCGGGCAUCCCUCGGCUCGCCCCUCAGCCACGGCGCCCCGUGCCCGCCCGCCCGCAACCCCCUGGACUCCUGCAGCCAGCCGCUGUGCCAGCCGCCGGCUGGGAAGCGUGAGCCCUGGACGGCCCCCGAGAUGCGCUACGUGGCCGCGGGGCCACAGAGCACGGCGUGUGGCUGGCGGGCCUUCGCGCCCAGGUGGCUGCAGGCCUUCAACACGCCCAGGGGCUUCCUGCUCUUCCUGUGCGGGGCCGCCUUCCUGCAGGGCAUGACGGUGAACGGCUUCAUCAAUACGGUCAUCACCUCCAUCGAGCGCCGCUUCGACCUGCACAGCUACCAGAGCGGCCUCAUCGCCAGCGCCUACGACGUGGCCGCCUGCCUGUGUCUCACCUUCGUCAGCUACUUCGGGGGCACCGGCCACAAGCCGCGCUGGCUGGGCUGGGGCGUGCUGGUCAUGGGCGCCGGCUCGCUGGUGUUCGCGCUGCCCCACUUCACCGCGGGCGCCUACGAGCCGGAGGGCGCCCAGGGCGCGGGCGCGUGCCCGGCCAACCGCAGCCUGGCCUGCCCGGGCCGCACCUCCGGCCUGUCCAGCUACCGGCUGGUCUUCAUGCUGGGCCAGUUCCUGCACGGCGCGGGCGCCACGCCGCUCUACACGCUGGGCGUCACCUACCUGGACGAGAACGUCAAGUCCAGCUACUCCCCCGUCUACAUCGCCAUCUUCUACACGGCGGCCAUCCUCGGCCCUGCCGCUGGCUACCUGAUCGGAGGCGCCCUGCUCAACAUUUACACGGAAGUAAGCCGACGGACGGAGCUGACCACCGAGAGCCCGCUGUGGGUCGGCGCCUGGUGGGUGGGCUUCCUGGGCGCGGGGGCUGCCGCUCUCCUCAUCGCCGUGCCCAUCCUCGGCUACCCCCGGCAGCUCCCAGGCUCCCAGCGCUACGUGAUCAUGAGAGUCUCGGAGACGCGUCACCUGAAGGACAGCGGUCACAAGGCGGCCAGCAGCCCCGACUUCGGGAAAACCGUCAGAGACCUGCCUCUCUCCAUCUGGCUCCUUUUGAAAAACCCCACAUUCAUCUUGCUGUGCCUGGCGGGGGCCACUGAGGCCACUCUCAUCGCCGGCAUGUCCACGUUUGGCCCCAAGUUCCUGGAGUCGCAGUUCAGCCUGAGCGCCUCAGAAGCCGCCACCUUGUUCGGGUACCUGGUGGUGCCUGCGGGCGGCGGCGGCACCUUCCUGGGCGGCUUCCUCGUGAACAAGUUCAAGCUGCGCGGGGCGGGCAUCAUCAAGCUGUGUCUUUUCUGCACCAUGACCAGCCUGCUGGCCGUCUUCGUGUUCCUCAUGCACUGUCCCAACGUGCCUGUGGCGGGCGUGACCGCCGGCUACCACGGCAGCCUCCUGCCCGAAGGCCGCCUGGAGCUGAGCGCCGCCUGCAACGCCGCCUGCGGCUGCCGCCCGGAGCCCUACAACCCGGUGUGCGGCUCCGACGGCCUCACCUACUUCUCGCCCUGCUACGCCGGCUGCCCGGAGGAGGCGGAGCCCGGGCCCGGGAGCCCCAAGGUGUACCGAGGCUGUAGCUGUGUCCCUCAGAAUUUUUCCUCUGGUUUUGGCCAUGCUACUGCAGGGAAAUGCACUUCAACCUGUCAGAGAAAGCCCCUCCUUCUGGUUUUCAUGUUCGUUGUAAUCAUAUUUACAUUCCUCAGCAGCAUUCCUGCGCUGACCGCAACGUUACGGUGCGUCUGUGACCGGCAGAGAUCCUUUGCGCUGGGAAUCCAGUGGAUUGUGGUUAGAACACUAGGGGGCAUCCCGGGGCCCAUCGCCUUCGGCUGGCUGAUCGACAAGGCGUGUCUGCUGUGGCAGGACCAGUGCGGCCAGCCGGGCUCCUGCUUCGUGUACCAGAACGCGGCCAUGAGCCGCUACAUGCUCAUCGCCGGGCUGGCCUACAAGGCGCUCGGCUUCCUGUUCUUCGCCAUCGCCUGUCUCCUGUACAAGACGCCAUCGGAGUCUCCCAACGGCCUAGAAGCUUCUCUGCCCAGCCAGUCCUCGGCCUCCGACACCCCCACGGACUUCCAGGACGCCCCCUCAGCCCUCCAGCUCCAGAGUGACGUCUGACUGCCCGUCCGUCCGUCCAUCCGCCCAGGGGCACGGGCCAGCUGCUUUGCGCUUCCAGCAAACCCUCUGUGAUUUCUCUCCUGAAGGGCUGACCCUCCCCCCACCAACGGAUGUCCCCAUGCUGGGGACCCUCCAAAAAUCUGGAGGAUCCCGAGGGGACUGAGCUGGUGGGGGCCUCAUGUCUGAGUCUCAAAGACCCCACCGGGAGACGGAGGCCCCCAGCCCCUCCCUUCGCCGCACAGUCUGUGAGGGACAGAGCCGCCAGGCACUGAACUUUCCUCAGGGGCCUCGGGAACCCCCGACGCGUUAGCAGCCGCGAUCUUCAAUGAACUGUGCGACCCGAACCGCACUGUCACAGGAGGCGCAAAGCCCCCGGCUGGCCCGGCGAGGAGCUGGUGGCCGCUGCGGGUUCGUACGUUACUGUUGUGUCCCGGAGACUGGAGCCGCGCCCGGCACCUGCUGUGACGCGCACACGGGCCAUGCCGGCUCCCGACCUCCGUGACGCCGAGGUCGCCGAGGGGUGGGAGCCAGGAAGCACUGACCCCCCGGGGCGUGUCGCCGGCCAUGCUCCUGAAGGGGCUUGUUCAGCGCCUCCAGGGGACCAGCCCGGCCCGACUCCGUGUGCUUCCCCUGACGCGGGGCAGCUGGGUGGCGGCCGUCCCCAGGCCUGCGGCCCCCGCCGUCCCCUCCCGUCCUCAGGGCUGCAGCGGCAGGAGCAGCUGCCUACGCAGGUGCCUCUGGCCCGGGUUUCGCAGAACGUUAUUUAUAGGAUUUUUUUACCUGCCUGUGCGGUGGGCACGGCGCCAGCUCCGCGGCACUCGGGAGCUCUGCCAGAGGACACGGCUCGCCCGCGGAAUGCUGCGGAUGGCCUCAGUUAAAGUUAUGUGUAAAUAAAUAUAUUUUAAUAUUUAAA